AAUUCGCAAUUAUUCUACUUAACAAAGCUUCGAAGAAAAGAUCUUCUCAAGACAAAUUAAUAAAGUGUAAAGUUUAAUUAAAUCAACCAAAUCUUCAAGUAUGUUGUUCAAAGUGCUCAUUAUUUUCGGUGUUGUCUCUGCGGGGCUUACGUUUUCGCUGCCCCAAAACAAUAUUGCCGAUGAUGACUUCCAAGAGGUGCAAAGGUAUUCAUCGAGAAUUAUUGACGCGGGCAGUCAGUUCUUGAUCCGUGGAGAGGACUUAGAUGAUAUUUUAGAGCCGAGAGAGGAAGAAGGUUUACCUGAAGAUGUAAUUCGAGCCAGACGAUCACCGCAAGAUGGACGUCGCGGUUCUGCUAGUGUCACAGUAAAUAAUGAAAGCAGGCGGGGCACUGAUGUACGAGCUGAUCUCAACGCUAGACUUUGGGAGGGUAACAAUAGAAGGUCAAGUUUAGAUGCUAAUGCCUACUAUCAACGCCAUUUCGGUGGACCCAUGGGCACCGGACGACCAGAUGCUGGAGUUGGAUUGAACUUUCGACAUCGGUUCUAGAUAGCAUCGCGUAGCAGCAGCAGUAGUAAUCAUCAUUUAAUUUAUCAAUAUUUCAUAAUAAAACGCAUUGUUAGGUUUAAAAAGAAUUUGUGUACGCAACUGAACAAAUAUAAUUUGUCAAAGUUUC